AAGAGGAACAACGUGGAAUUCAAUGCAAUGGAGCUCGCCGCUAAAGGUUGUGUGAGAGUUAAGCUAAAAAACAGCGAAUUAUGGGAACAAUUCAACAGAAUCGGUACAGAGAUGAUUCUUACCAAGUCUGGAAGACGAAUGUUCCCGUACCUGUCUAUCGCUAUAGAGGGGCUUUCGUCAGAAUUCAAAUACGUUGUGAUGGUGGAUAUGGCUCGAAUCGACCUCAAAAAGUACAAGUUUGUGGACCAAAGUCAGCAAUGGCUUCCCGUCAGUCCCCACGAGUACCCGGAUGUCAUGAGCGUGGGCGCAUUAUGUCACCAGGGUUGUCCGCUGACCAGUCAUUCAUUGGAAGCUGGGAUUUUGUUUAAUAAACUCAAAUUGACGAAUGCUCUCAAGGAGGACAUGGAAGAUCAGAUACUUCUCGAAUCGAUGCAUAGAUACGCCCCCCGUAUUCACGUUAUGGCCGAGCAAGACUUUGCCAAUAAAGACUGGACCCGAGCUCUUGUGUUCACCUUCCAAGAAACAGAGUUCAUUGCCGUGACCGCUUACAUGAACAAGCAGAUAACUCAACUCAAGAUUCAGAAUAAUCCAUUCGCAAGGGCGUUUAGAGAACCGAAGUUGAAAAAACGUGCUUUCAUGGAUGCCAUAUCAGUUGACACCAGUUUAAAUGACGUGAAUGUCAAGAGUGGCACGCCAAGGCUGGAUGUUCCCAAGGUAACUGAAGAGACGGAGCCUCUUGCCUACAAGGUGCAAGAAGACAGACGAGGUUUGGAUGCCAUAGUAGGGGACACCAUUUCAAAGGACAUGGAUGACAUGAGUACUGAUUCACAAGCGACAUAUGAAACAAAGCCGCUCGUUUACAGUGUGCAAGCGAAGCAAGAUUUCGAGGACGAAGUGGGAGAGGAGCUUCAGAUCUUCCAUAUCAACCCUGGCUCUAUCGUGGUCACGGAACUCCCGCCCUCGCCACAGGAGCCUAACGUCACCCAGACUCUGUCAAGUGCUCUUGGAGUAUCGUCCUUUACAGAAAAUGCUAGCGUCAAUGUAAGCUCAACUAAUGACAAAAGAUUGUCUCCUGAGUUGGGCGUUUCCGAAACGAUACAGGCUGUAAGUGCUGAAGACAAAUUAAAGCUUCCGAGAAGGUUGCUUCCAAAGGACGGUUUGGCUCGCGAAUUGAACUUCUCGGGAAAGCUACAGCAAACCGCUAAUGAUCACCCAACUCGCUUAUUGUCACCAAAUGCUCAUGGAAAUACCGGCUAUGAUCAAGGUAGCUCUAUCACUAAUAAAAGUUAUCAGAAUAAUCCUAAAAGAACGCAAGAAGUGCAUGAUGAAGCGUCAAUAAAGAUUCCGACAAAGACGUUUGCAAAUGGUCAACAAGAUAUCGCAUUUAGUACUUGUACCGCAAGUCCAUCUGGUGAGUCGAGACCGGAGGAUACAAGGAAUGAUAACCCAGCUAAUUAUGUUCCUCCUUGGGAGUUGCCUCUACCUCCUUCGGGGCUGCCGCUACCUCUUCCAAGGCUACCUCUACCACCUUUGAGGCUACCUCCGCCUCAUUCGAGGCUACCGCUACCUCCUCCAAAGCUUCCUCCACCUUCUAGGAUCCCGCUACCUUCAAAGCUAUCAACAAAUAAAGAUAUUAAAUUUCAUCCUUACCAUAAUGUCGUCUCCUCUACAAAGUUUGCAACUACCGACAGAAUACUCCCAGAAUUUAAUGUUGGCAUUAGCUCUCCGAUGCCCCAGGCAUACCAAACAAAGCAAGGAGUAGGUAGUAGGUAUGUUAGUAUGGACAAGGGCAAAGAAAAGGCAACAAGGUGUGAAUCAAGUUCGCGAUGCUACAAGCCAGUAAAAGAGAGAUCACACGGAGCAGACCUCGAAUUCAUUGACCUCAAUGCCCAGAAGUACACUACAUUAGCCGUUGGGUGUCCGGAUAACUCACAGGCAACAAACCCAAGAGGAAGCGGAACCCAUGGACGGUUUGGAAAACAAUAUACUAGCCUAGUAGCGGAAUGGAGUGAUGUGUCAGAAACCAGUGCUGUUCUAGGAAAUACUUUCAAGAACGGUGCCAAAGACGGAGAAGUUUUGGGGAAUAAUUCUGACAACAGAGCCGUUGAAAAGUCUAAAAAAUCUUUGAUGAAUCAUAAAAGGUUUUCGUGUGUCGAAAAACUCCGAAGUUUAGGCCUGUCGCCUUGCAUUCCCGUAAUUCGCCUAGAAGACAUAAAGUACAAAUUGCAGAAAAACGGGAAAAGCACAUUUGUCUACGAUUCGGUGGCAUUGCAACGAAAGCAAGCUCAACUGUCGCCGUCUGCACUUCAGCUCUCUAACCUCAGUCUACCGCCUUACGCUAAUGAAAAUCGCGAUCAUUGUUCAUUGAAUUUCCCGUUUGACCAUACAACAAUUGCGAAAGAUCUUUUUGCAAAAUUCCCCAACGUUUUAAACGCCCCGGAACAAGAGCCAUUAAUACGCUCAUCGGUUUCAUCAAUGGACAAUUUGUACCAUCUCUUAACCAAUGACAUGUAUGCUCCCGGGCCAUCAACAGAUGAUCCCACCUCAAAGCCAACUCACGCAAGGUCUGUUGCGACUUCUUCUGCAGGCUCUGGGUGGUCGCAGCCCUACACUAGUAGUGGUGUGACCCAUUCGCAGUAUUGGGAUCCUGGAGUAUGUCUCCCAGAGUUUAACAGGAAAGAAGUUCACACUGUCUCCAGCUUAAGCUGUCAAACUACCAGCACGACAUUAGUAGACUUCAGUGAAAGUUACAGAAGUACUGUUUCUGAAAGUGAAAAGGAAAAUGCUUCUAAUAAUGGAUCCUAUGCGUCAGACACAGUCGGCCCUGGCCCGGAGAAACAGAAAAAGGAGGGUAUUCCACAAGCGUACGUGGAGUUCUUAGUUGCAGGGGAGCCUAUUCCAUUCGAAGAUAGCCUCCAAAAAGAUAAGUACUUGUGCGAGAUAUCAAAGGAACCCAAGAUAAUUGAAAAGGAUCUCCCCGAUAUUUUCGGCGACAUCAGUUGUCUCGGCAAUAAAAGAGAAAGGGAAAUAGGUAAAGGUCCGUCACGUUCUAAGGUCCUUGAGGAACGUAACAAAACUUUACUAACUCUUCAAAGAAAGCUUGAAAGUCAAACAGCAGAAAUAAAUUAUUCGAGUAGUGCAAUAGCUCGAAAGAAUCCAACUGCCGAAAACCGUGCUCUUGAAUCACAAUAUCCUGAGAAAAUUAAUACUUCAGCGGAAAGAACGGAGAAAACACCACUGGUUACAAGCGUGGCGGAGGACGUUAUCUUUAAGGACCCCAUCAUUGUCAACGUUUACAGCUUACAGAGGGCGGAGGUUAAAACUACUCAAGACACGGAGCGACAAUUCUUGCAUAGUGCCAGCAGUAGAUCUUCCACGGCGAAUCCUGGACAGAAACGACGGCACACAGGUGACGACGUCACAUACACGAGCAAGGUACGACUAGAGAACUGUGUAAAUCACAAGGACUACGAACGUGAGAUCUUUCUUCGAGAGUCCAGACAACAACAGUUUGACACUCUGCCUAAAGUUGGAAAGAGAACGGAGAGCUACAGAAGCAGUGAAAACAAUAGGUUAUACGGUCAUCACGCUUACAAACCCAUUGUCCCAAAACCUUUAAGUCUCCCUGGUAACGUCAAUUACGCCGCUGACCAGACGUUAAAAAAGACGCUGGACUAUCUCAUUUCUAAGCCUCUAGGUCUCCGCGGUAACUUUAAUCAUGCUGCUGACCAGACAGGUCAGAAGGCGCCUGGGUAUUCAAUCCAAAACCAAGCGGUUCUCCCCGGUAACGCCAAUCAUGCCGCUGACCUGACAGGUCCAAAGGCGCCUGGAUAUUCAAUCCAGAAUCAUCCGGAUCUCCCCGUUAACGGCAAUCAAGCCGCUGACCUGACAGGUCCAAAGGCGCCUGGAUAUUCAAUCCAGAAUCAUCCGGAUCUCCCCGGUAACGCCAAUCAUGCCGCUGACCUGACAGGUCCAAAGGCGCCUGGAUAUUCAAUCCAGAACCAUCCGGAUCUCCCCGGUAAUGGCAAUCAAGCCGCUGACCUGACAGGUCCAAAGGCGCCUGGAUAUCCAAUCCUAAAGCUUCCGGAUCUCCCCGGUAACGUCGAUCACGCCGCUGACCUCACAGGUCAAAAGGCGCCUGGAUAUCCAAUCCAAAAUCAUCCGGAUCUCCUCGGUAACGUCAAUCAUGCCGUUGUCCAGGUUCGACAGAAAGAGUUGGGAUAUCCAAUCCAAAAGCAUCCAGGUCUUCACAGCAACGUCAAUCAUGCUGCUGAUCAGACAAGUCAGAAGGCGCCGGACUAUCCCGUAUCCAAUCACAUUGUUUACCAGGAAGAGAACAAUACGUUGUACUACCCCGUGGCUCCCUCUUACCAAGAAAGAAGACUGCCUCGUCUAGAGGCGUUAUUUAAUUUUCAUUCGCCGGCCGCUGAAAGGCGUAAACCUCACCCUCUUUUGCGUGAGACUUAUAGAGCAACGCGCUCGACUUUCACGUACUUUGCAUCGAAUCUUCUAUCAAGUACUUUGCCUAUCUUCACUAAAUCGCCGGAAUGGUAUCAGAAAUGCUUUAGCGAAGAUAUAGAAAAUGCUAACGGCCAGCAUUCUGCUAAAGGUGUUAUUACUCACAGAUAUUCGCAAGGGUAUUGAAAUAAUGUGCAGUUUUAUAAUGAAGCACCACUGAUCCACGAUGUACACAAUAAGUAGGUUGCCGUCUAAAAUUGUUUUUGCCACUAAAUUGAUGCUACUAAAGUGAUAUCAAACUGACACUUUUUUUUGUUAUCGAAAUGUUUCUUUGAAAAGGGAUAACGUACUUGAUUUGUUUUGAAUCGGCGAACCGUGUAUCAAGUCUUAUGUUUCUGAACCCGUAAAGUAUCAUGUUUCGAAGCCCACAAAGCACCACGGUUCUAUCAUGCAAAGUUUCAUGUUUCUUAGCUCGCCAAGUAUCAUGGGUCUUGACCCGCACCAUAGGAUGGUUCUAAGCCGCCAAAGUAUCACGACUCUUAGCCCGCAAAGUAUCAUGGUUGCGAUCAUUGAUUUUGGCCCAAAAGCAAUCAAAAUUUUAUAGGAUGUACAGAGAAAGGCAUCACAAAAAGAAUAUGAUGUUUUAAGGGCUUUAAAAGAAGCGUCAUACACGCUUCGCCGGUUAAACGAUAAUUGAAAAUAGUCUUAUACGAUUUAGAAAUUGACAUAAAAAAGAAACACCAAUGAGAAAGUAGGAAAUAAACGGACAAAUGAUUUUUGAAUAAAUUGUUUAUUAAAACUGAUUUUGUCGUGAAAAA